AUUCUUGAGUUAUGUAUCUGUAAUUACUGACAAACUAAAACCAUGCCUAUUUGUUUUUAGUUUUUAGUAUUAUUUUUAAUCAAGUGAAACAAAUAUAAUGUCGGCUUUCAGAUAUUUAAUGAAUAUAGCUUAUAUUGGAGCGCCGUUUAGGGGUUCCCAAAGACAAGUUGUAGGAACUUUUCCUAGAAAGGAUGAUCCCCUUACUAUCCAAGGCCGCCUGGAAACGGCUUUAAAAUAUUUAAGCCCUCAUCAAGAACCUGUAGUUUAUUUAUCAUCCAGUUCUAAAACGUUUGAUGUGAAUAAAAUGGAGGAAGGGGCGAAAUUGUUGGAAGGACAUCACGAUUUCAGGAGUUUCGUGGGAAAAGGCUCAGUGGAUAAGGUUACCAGGAGAUGUGUAGAGUACAUUAAAAUCGAACAAGCAGUAAAAACUGGAUACAGCCCUUACAGUUGGCCAAAUUUUGCUUCUGAAAUUGACGAUUAUGUGUUCUUGAAUAUCUACAUAAAAUCUAAUGGUUUCCUAUACAGACAGGUUCGAAGGAUUAUAGCAGCGUUGGUAGCUUUAGCGGACGGCAAAGUUACGAUUAGGGAUAUAAAGUUUAUGUUAGAGAUACCGUCGAGGCACAGUUGGUGUCCCCAGUUGAAAACUGCACCAGCGCACGGCUUGUAUCUUUGCCAAGUGGAAUAUUCGAAAGAGGAUUUGGACACGUUUAGGGCGGAUCUAGAGUCGGAUUUGUCGUAGGGACUGGUGUUUUAUUUUGUAAAUUUCAGUAUGGUCGGAUCUAGGGUGUACGUGGGAGGUUUGCCUUACGGGACCACGGAGCGGGACCUGGAGCGCUUCUUCCGAGGUUACGGUCGAAUGAGGGACGUUCUCAUCAAAAACGGAUACGGGUUUGUUGAAUUUGACGAUUAUAGAGAUGCAGAUGAUGCUGUUUAUGAACUAAAUGGUAAAAAACUUUUAGGGGAGCGCGUGACUGUCGAGAGGGCCAGAGGCACCCCCAGAGGACGCGACCAGUGGUCGGGCGGCGGUGGUGGUGGUGGCGGUGGCAGCAGCCGGUCGAGGAACGACGAUCACCGCUCCUACAACGACAGGUAUGGACCACCGACUCGCACCAACUACCGAUUAAUCGUCGAAAAUCUAUCGUCCCGGAUUAGCUGGCAAGAUUUGAAAGAUUAUAUGCGCCAGGCGGGCGAAGUAACUUAUGCGGAUGCACACAAACAGCACCGUAAUGAGGGUGUGGUCGAAUUCGCCUCUUAUUCCGACAUGAAAAACGCUAUAGAAAAGCUAGACGAUACCGAAUUGAAUGGUAGACGGCUCCGUUUGGUCGAAGAUAAAAAGACGAAAGGCAGACGUUCGGCUUCGUACAGCAGCCGCAGUAGAUCGCGCAGUAGGUCGGCGAGACGGUCGAGGUCACGCAGUCGUAGCUCUCGUUCUAAAUCGAAAAGUAAAUCCAGGUCCAGAUCCCGUUCGGUUAGCGCUAAGGCCGAAAGAGAAAAGUCCCACUCUAGGUCCCGUUCCAGAUCGAUUUCUCGUAAGAAGUCGGUCGAUCGUUCUAGAUCUAAUUCACGAAAGAAGUCCGUUGAUAGAGAUCGUUCACGCUCUAGAUCUAGGUCUCACUCCAGAACACCCGAUAAACGUUCCAAAUCGAGAGAAGCUUCCAAAGAAAGGUCCAGAUCCAGAAGCCGAUCCGCCAGCAAAGACAGAAGCAAAUCCAGAAGCCGAUCAAGGUCGCCGAAUUAAAAAUUAAUAAUUCACAAAUAAUUUUUAAGAACAUCAGUUAGUGUUUGUAAUUUUACGAAGUAGUAUGUAAUCAAUAAAGUUUUAUUAUACAUGUAAGCUACCUAUCUUUUUUAAGUUUGUUUCAUUAGGUAGAUUAAAGUAGUUUAAAUUUUUUGUAGACAUUGUGAAAGGUGUUAAUACUUUUUGAACGUUUCUCAAUUCCAUAAUUAAAAUAUUCUGAUUAUUGUCCAAGUCGUUAUCUUUUUGUUCUAAAAAUACCAUUAUUUUGAUACAACGUGUAAAUAUUAACUAACUUUUAUACUUUGCAUAAUAAUAUAAUACAAGUUUUUCAUGUAAUUCAAAAAGUGUAACAUCUUACUUUAUUUCACAAAAUGUUAAUUUUGUUCGAUAGCUUUUAAGUUUUACAUUCAUUAAUUGAAUUUAGAAGUACAAUUUAUUUUUAAAAAUGAGUUUGUUAGAUUCCAUAAAAUCUAAGAGAGGACUUUUAAGGAAAACCGAGACCAUUGUCACUCAUCUCGACGGGAUGAAAUACAAGGAAUCCAAAGACAAUACUGUCGAAAUCAUCGGAUCGACCAGCGGUUUUGUGAUCGACACAAACCCGGACAAAACGCCUGCAAAAAUUAUAGAAAAUCUGUAUUUGGGUUCCCAAGAUUGCUGUGAAUACGAGGUGUUACAAAAUUAUAAUAUAAAAUCCGUGUUAAGUGUGGGAAUUGAUGCGCCUCAAAAACAUCCGCAUGUAACUUAUCGAUUUGUUGAAUGUUUGGAUCUACCAGAAACUGACCUUAACGAAAUGUUACGAGAUAGUGUCGAUUUCAUCGAUUUUUAUCUCGAUAGAAACGAAAAUGUAUUAGUACAUUGCAAUGCUGGGGUCAGCAGAUCAACAUCUGUUGUAAUCGGUUAUUUAAUUUUAAGGAAAAGUUUCACUUAUGACAUGUCCUAUGAACUCUGCAAAGCCGCAAGAAAUUGCAUAAAGCCGAAUGCAGGUUUUGAAAGACAGUUGAAGCUUUUACGGAAAUGAUUUGGGGAAGGUAAUUUUAUUUAGAUAUAAUGUGAACGGUCAUAUUUUUCUAAGACAUUGUAAAUUUUAAUUUAAACAAACACUGUAAGGUGCGUCAAUUUGAUGUAAUAAACGUUUAUAACUACCUACAAUCUGUUUUUUUAAUUGCUUUGGAAUCAAUGACUG